GGUAGACAAUCCCGCCGAGACCACGCCCCCAGUGGGGCAAGUCUAUAAAAGACAGCGCCGGCGGCCGCGAGUUCAUAUCGUUGAAGCCCACGAUUGAAGCUGUUCUUUGUGACCCACUGGAUUAUUUUCGCUGAGGACUUUGCAAUCAUUUUUCCGCCUUUUUUGGAGAGAGAGAGAGAGAUUUCGCUGCUUCCUGAGGAUCUUUGACUGUUCCGGCUCCGUGGGAAGGCUUUGGGCUCUCUGGCUCGGAUUUUGCAAUUUCUUCCUGGGGAUUGUCGUGGGGCUUCAUCCACUGUGGAUUAUAACUGCAACAUGACGCUGGAAGAGCUCGUGGCGUGCGACAACGCGGCACAGAAGAUGCAGACCGUGACCGCCGCGGUGGAGGAGCUGCUGGUGGCCGCGCAGCGCCAGGACCGCCUCACGGUGGGGGUGUACGAGUCGGCCAAGCUGAUGAAUGUGGACCCUGACAGUGUAGUCUUGUGCCUCUUGGCCAUCGACGAGGAGGAAGAGGACGACAUCGCUCUGCAAAUCCACUUCACCCUCAUCCAGUCCUUCUGCUGCGACAAUGACAUCGACAUCGUAAGGGUGUCAGGCAUGCAGCGCCUGGCACAGUUGCUGGGAGAGCCCACCGAGACGCAGGACACCACCGAGGCCCGCGACCUGCACUGCCUCCUGGUCACGAAUCCUCACACGGACGCCUGGAAGAGCCACGGCUUGGUGGAGGUAGCCAGUUACUGCGAAGAAAGUCGGGGCAACAACCAGUGGGUCCCCUAUAUCUCGCUUCAGGAGCGCUGAGGUCCUUCCCACCAUCGGAACCUGUUGAGAUCUGCCAAAAAAAAAAAAUAAUAAAAUACAUAUUUGACCCCCUCCCCCAAGAACAACCCCCCCAAAAAA